GUGGAGCUUCGUGGGUGAGUCGCUGGAAUAUCUGGAUCCAGAGACGCCGAACAACGACUCCCACCCUGAUGCCUUCUUUCAUGAAACUGACUGCCUGGAUUACUGCGACGAGUAUCUGGUGCGGAACUACAGCUACGACCUCUCGGCCCCGAUCAUGGGGUUGGAGGACUACAUGCGUGAGUACCGGGCAGUGGUCGAAGGCCAACAAGGUCGGCUUUCUGAGUCGGCCUUCGAGAUGAUGAACGACCUGCCCUUGGGCGUGAUGAUGCAGCUGAAACCCUUUUGCCAGGUUCUGGAGGAUCAAGCUGCGGGUAAAAACCUGUCGGACGAGCUGCCUAGCAUGAGUCGGGCGAUGUGCUUCAUCAUGAAGGGAGCGCUGUCCAUGGUGAAGAUCGUGCCCGUAGAGGAGAAACCCCUCAAGUGGCUCCUGCACAUGUCCGCUGUGGAAGCCCAAGUCGACGAGGAA